UUUUCAUAGAUAAUUAGGAUUUUGUAAUAUUUGCAUGAUACAGUUUACGUUAACUGCUAUCUUUGUAAAUUUUGUCUGUCAUCGGGUAUAAAAAGGUACUGCUGGUGUAUUAACCCAUUUCCAUUCCACCCUUUUGAACAAUGAGCCACUAACUUGUGGAAUUGGAAUGUCGAGAUCAGCUACAGAAGACAGAGGAGGAAGUGGUGAUGGUUUACGGUCGCACCGCAACCCAUCUAAUCACAUGCAACGAUCUAGAAUGGCUACAGGAGAUGAUCAACCCCAUAUAGGCCAGUAUAGGAUUCUUAAAACCAUUGGCAAAGGCAACUUUGCUAAAGUAAAACUCGCAAGACACGUUUUAACUGGACGGGAGGUUGCUAUAAAGAUAAUCGACAAAAAGCAAUUGAAUACAAGCAGCUUACAAAAGCUUUUCCGUGAAGUGAGAAUCAUGAAGCAUUUAGACCACCCCAACAUUGUGAAACUGUAUGAGGUGAUAGAAAACAGCAAGCAACUGCUUCUUGUUAUGGAAUAUGCCAAUGGAGGUGAAGUGUUUGAUUACCUUGUGGCUCAUGGCAGAAUGAAAGAAAAGGAAGCAAGAGCCAAAUUUCGCCAGAUCGUAUCUUCAGUCCAGUAUCUGCACAGCAAGAAUAUCGUCCAUAGAGACUUGAAGGCUGAGAAUCUUCUGUUGGAUGCUGACAUGAACAUAAAAAUUGCAGAUUUCGGUUUCAGCAAUGAAUUCACACCCGGACAUAAACUUGACACUUUCUGUGGCAGUCCCCCAUAUGCUGCACCAGAGUUAUUUCAGGGUAAGAAAUACGAUGGACCAGAGGUUGAUGUGUGGUCACUUGGUGUAAUUCUCUACACAUUAGUCAGCGGCUCUUUACCAUUUGAUGGCCAGAAUUUAAAAGAACUGCGUGAACGUGUUCUUCGGGGCAAAUACAGAAUUCCUUUUUAUAUGUCCACUGAUUGUGAGCACUUACUGAGAAAGUUUCUUGUUCUCAACCCCACCAAACGUGGAACACUGACUUCCGUAAUGCAAGAUAAAUGGAUGAACAUCGGCCAUGAAGAUGAACCACUUAAACCUUAUGUGGAUGCUCCAUUCCAAGAGAAUGAUGAAGGCAGAUUACAGUCAAUGAUAGACAUGGGUUAUAACAAGGAAGAAGUAGAAAACUCAAUCAGAACCCGUGCGUAUGACGAUUCCUUUGCAACUUACUUACUCCUUGGCACUAAGCCUUCAGAGCUUUCUGAUCCAUCAGCAUCUCGAUCAAGCAGUGCUUUAUCGCUUAAACAAGUCGGCCAACCAUCGCCGUCCAAUCAGCAGACUCGAAAAGUUCACAGGAGUGUCUCAGCCAAUCAGAAGCCAAGAAGGGUCAGCACAGAAAAUUCAAAGACAAACAAUGUUGUAAAAGGAGUUGCACGUUCCACUUCUGCUCACCAACAUAAUCUUAGAAAUGGUGAAUCUCCACGUACAGCUAUUGCGGCUAUAUCAGAGGACACAACUCCAGGAGCCAAACAAGCACUUCUAGCCUCCACGGCAGCCAACCCAAACAAAGCAGAAAUCCCGAGUAACCAGAGACCCGAGACAGCCAAGACAUGGAAAAAUAACGACAUGACUCGUAGAAACACAUAUGUUUGCACUGAUAGAAAAGGAGAUAAAGCAGCUCGUACAUUACCACCAGAAACAAGUCCGCAAGAAGAGACAUCAGUUAGGCCACGUCACCACAAAACACAGUCUUCCACUGCAGUUCCCCCAAUUCCCACUGUGGUUAACAGUGAGGAACCUGAACAUAGGCCCACCAGUGCAUCACCUGGGAAGCAAUCCUCACCUGUGAUCCGAACGACUAGCAUCGCUCCAGGAGCCCGUUCGUCAAUCCACGCUCGUCAUAGCCAGACAUCGGCGACACCGUUCCCACGGAAUGCACGAGAGCGCCGGACCUACCACGGACCCCAGACACAAGAGCGCACCCGGCGCACUGCGACCUACAACGGCCCGCCACCACCCACCUCUCCCUCUGUGAGUGAGUGCAUGCCAGGUGCCAUGGCUUCAGGCCGCGACUCCAACACCACAUCCAGAGGUGGGCCAUCUGGGUCACGGGAAGGUGCCAGUGGAUUUUUGAGCAAGCUGUCAUCCAAAUUCAACAGAAGGAGGUCAUUGAGGUUUUCACGGCGGUAUGAUCGCGAACGCACCAGCAGAGGCGUCCCCGAAGCCGAGAAAGAUUCAAAACCUCGAUCUCUUCGUUUUACUUGGUCAAUGAAAACAACAUCAGCCAUGGAACCGAAAGAAAUGAUGAAGGAAAUUAGAAAGGUUCUGGAUGCAAACAGUUGCGAUUAUGAACAGAGAGAAAAAUAUCUUUUAUUCUGUGUAAAUGGACAUGGUCACGCUGAUAACCUCGUACAAUGGGAAAUGGAAGUUUGCAAGUUGCCUCGUCUUUCACUUAAUGGUGUCCGCUUCAAGAGAAUAUCGGGCACAAGCAUAGCUUUCAAAAACAUUGCCUCAAAAAUUGCAAAUGAGUUGAAACUUUGAACCAAAUUCUCUACCAAGCGUCUAACUCAGCAAUCUGCUGCAACUAGUAAAAGAAUUAAAACUCACGUAUACCGGUUUCGCUUCUAGUAGCGAAAGUCGACUGUAGAAACCAUUUUAAUGGCACUCGCUUCAGUACUGUUUGUCCAUUUUGUUCAGUUUUUUAAACAUGCCUUUUUGAUGGACCAGCAACUUUUUCAUUUCGUAUUAUCAAGUGACUUUUGUUGCAAUGAGGUUGAGUCGACUAUCCCUGACCAGCACACUUAAGCUGCAAGAGAUGUUUCCUUGAUUGUGUUCGAUUCCUCUCUAGCUAUGUAGUGCAAGCAAAUCUAUUAUUCUUAAUAUUUUUUUCCUAAUGCGAAUGGCAGCGGUGUAACGCUGCGUAUUUAGAAUCCGCUUAGACAAAUUUUGCCCCACCUUUGUACACUCUGGUAUAUGACGAGAGGCGUCAUAUCAAAAAGCGAUCAUUGCUGUCCUGAACCCUAUUCUCUUGCUGCAUAAUGAUUUUGCCAACGUUUGUAGUAUUCGCCUCUCUCCUUUUCCCUGUGAGAGAAUCGCCGCUCUCUAUUUCCCCCAUAUUGGAAUCCACAGCCUGGUGUCAUUCGGCGAUCGAAGCUUGAACAUCUAACGUCACACGUUAAUGAUGACGUCAUUGUAACCAAGCUUUUUAGGGUUGUACAAACUCGGUGCAAGUGUGGUACAUGUUGUUCAGUAAUAAAUGUUAUCACACUUCAAAAAA